GUGUCGUCGGCACCCAGCAGAGGUCCCCACACAACACCUCAGUGGCAAAUUUGUGCCGCAUGUUCUUUGACUGAUGUUAUACUGCUAGUCGAGCACGAUGAGUGAGCGAUUGGUUCCAGUACCAGAGGUAGACAAGAUCUCAUUUUCUGGGGAGGAAGAAAAAGUAAUUGAAUUAUGGAAGAAACUUGAUGUUUUCCACUCUUGUUUAAAGCAGAGCAAGGAUCGACCAAGAUUCACCUUUUUUGAUGGACCACCAUUUGCCACUGGUCUUCCUCACUAUGGACACAUUCUAGCUGGAACCAUCAAGGAUGUGGUAACACGUUGGGCUCACCAGACAGGUCACCAUGUGGAGCGUCGAUUUGGUUGGGACACGCAUGGUUUACCAGUGGAAUAUGAAAUUGACAAAACACAUGGAAUCAAUGGACCUGAAGAUGUUGCCAAGAUGGGGAUAAAAAAGUACAAUGAGUUGUGCCGAAGCAUUGUUACGAGAUACGCCGAUGAAUGGGAGGUCAUCAUCUCUCGUCUAGGGCGGUGGAUUGAUUUCAAGAAUGAUUAUAAGACCUUGUAUCCCUGGUAUAUGGAAACAAUCUGGUGGGUGUUUUCUCAGCUGUACCAAAAAGGUCUUGUGUACCGUGGGUUCAAAGUGAUGCCCUUCUCAACAGCUUGUUCAACUCCUUUGUCAAACUUUGAGGCUGGACAAAACUACAAGGACACCCAGGACCCAUCAGUUGUGGUCAACUUCCCGUUAUUGGAUGAACCUAGUGUUGUACUGGUGGCAUGGACAACUACUCCAUGGACACUUCCCUCAAACCUGGGCCUUUGUGUUAACCCAGAGAUGGACUAUGUCAAAGUUCAGGGCAAAACAAAGGAGAGAAAUGGCACCUACAUUAUGAUGGAGGCUCGCCUGUGCCAGCUCUUCAAGGAUGAGACGGAAUAUGAUGUUUUGAAAAAGUACAAGGGAAAAGACUUGGAGGGGAUCCGUUACCAGCCACUCUUCGAUUACUUUAAACAGAAAGCGAAUGAUGGAGCUUUCAAGGUAUUGUGUGAUGGUUAUGUGAGCAGUGACGCAGGCACGGGUGUGGUUCACCAGGCUCCCUACUUUGGUGAAGAUGAUUUCCGGGUGUGUUUAGGUUAUGGAAUUGUCACUCGUGAUGAAAAGCCAAUCUGCCCCGUGGAUGAUGCGGGUCGUUUUGUCCUUCCUGUGACUGACUUUAAAGGAAUCCAUGUCAAAGAUGCAGAUCCUGAUAUCAUAAAGCUUUUGAGAUCCCAGGGAAGAGUUGUUCAGGCAGAUCGUGUUAACCACAGUUACCCCUUCUGCUGGAGGUCAGACACCCCUUUGAUCUAUCGUGCUGUUCCCUCCUGGUUCAUCAGGGUAGAACAAAUGCAAGAAAAGCUUUUGGCCACUAAUGAGAAAACUUAUUGGGUACCUAGCUUUGUUAAAGAUAAAAGGUUUGCCAACUGGUUAAGUGAUGCACGGGAUUGGGCAGUUAGCCGCAACAGGUAUUGGGGUACUCCCAUUCCCUUGUGGGUGUCUGAAGAUUUUACAGAGAUUGUAUGUGUUGGAAGUAUUUCCGAGCUGGAAAAACUUUCAGGAGAGAAGGUAACAGAUCUUCAUCGUGAUAACAUUGACCACAUCACCAUCCCAUCAGCCAAGCCAGGAAACCCACCACUGAAACGCAUCUCAGAAGUGUUUGAUUGUUGGUUUGAAUCAGGCUCCAUGCCUUAUGCUCAGGUCCAUUACCCCUUUGAAAAUAAACGAGAAUUUGAAGAUUGCUUCCCUGCAGAUUUCAUCGCUGAGGGCAUCGACCAAACACGUGGGUGGUUUUAUACUCUCCUAGUAAUUUCAACUGCCCUGUUUGGAAAACCUCCUUUUAAGAAUUUGAUAGCAAAUGGACUCAUUCUGGCAGAAGAUGGACAGAAGAUGAGCAAACGCAAAAAGAAUUACCCAGAUCCUAUUGAAGUGGUUAACAAAUAUGGAGCUGAUGCAUUGAGGCUGUAUCUGACAAACAGUCCUUCAGUACGUGGUGAGAAUCUGCGGUUUAAAGAGGCUGAUGUAUUUAACCUACUUAAGGAAGUGUUCAUCCCAUGGCUUAAUGCAUACCGCUUCUUUGUACAGCAGGUUGAAAGGUACCAGAAGGAUGAGGGCAAGUUGUUCCAGUUUGAGGAAACUGAAAUGGGUAAGUCUGUUAAUGUGAUGGACAGGUGGAUCGUGUCAUUCACUCAGACACUCCUCAGCUUUGUGCACCGAGAAAUGUCUGCAUACCAUCUCUACACUGUAACUCCCAGGCUCGUGAAAUUUGUUGAUAAUCUCACAAACUGGUAUGUGAGAUUUAACCGCAAGAGAUUAAAAGGAGACACUGGUAAAGAAGAUUGUUUGAGGGCACUGGAGACCUUGUAUGCUGUAUUGUUUUGCAUGGUGAGAGUUAUGGCUCCAUUCACUCCUUUCAUCACAGAAACCAUGUACCAAAACCUGAAGAGAGCCCUCAAGCCAGGCUCGCUUGGAAAGGGUGACACGAGCUCUGUUCAUUAUUUAAUGGUGCCACAGCCAGUGGAAAAGCUUAUUUGCCCUGAAAUUGAAGCAUGUGUGAACAUACUGCAAAGUGUUGUUGAACUAGGGCGAUAUCUACGAGAUAAAGUCAACAUUCCAGUGAAGUAUCCAUUGCCAGAGGUAGUAGUCAUUCAUAAGGACAGAAAGAUCCUUGAAGAUGUCCUGAGACUGGAAAGUUAUAUCAAGGAAGAGUUGAAUGUGAAGACUGUAACAACAUCUACAGAUAAGGAAAAGUAUGGAGUGGCUCUCAGAGCAGAUAUGAAUUUCAAGGUGCUUGGAUCAAGGCUUAAAGGUGAUAUGAAAAAAGUUCAACAAAAAGUGGGUGAACUUACAGAUGAUGAGAUUCAGCAAAUGCUUAAUUCUGGUUCAAUAAAUAUUUUAGGACAUACCAUUGAUUCUUGUGACCUUAAUGUUAAAUACAGCUUCAGUGGUGAAAAAGCUGUUGAGUUAGCAUCGAGAUAUGAGGCUCACUCGGAUGACACUGUCCUUAUUCUUUUGGACACAACCCCUUCACAAGAAAUGUUAGAUGAAGGAUUAGCACGAGAGGUUGUCAAUAGAGUUCAGAAGCUGAGAAAGAAAGCAAAGUUAGUACCAACAGAUGAGGUUACUGUAUGGUAUCAUGUUGAUGAGAAAGACAUUGAGUUAGCUCCCAUAGUUGCCACCUAUUCUGAAUACAUAGAGAACUUAACCAAGACACCAUUUAAGCCAAUUUCAGAGAAAGACCGGUCAUCUGUACUAAUUGAAGAGGUUACCAAUAUAAAAGAGAACUGUAUCAAGCUGGUAAUCACACAAGGAAUUUGUCCUGGUUGGUCGUCAACUGUCAGUGUUGUGGAGGCCACAGUUACAGGGGGUGAAUCUUGCCCUUGGGUCAACAUUAUACUUGAUGGUACUCCCAGGUAUGGCACUAACAGCUGUAGUGCUACCUUGUUAUUGGAAAAUCCCAUUGGUAAACCUGUAAUAACUUCCUGCCAGCAAAUACUUGAAGAAGCGCAUGGAAUCUUCGGUUUCCCACUUGAACAUGGAAGGUUGUAUGUAGAACGGAAACUUAUUGACAGCAAAACACCGGUCGCCUCCCUUGCAGGAAGAACAAUUGUUAUUACCUAUGACAGAAACAAAGUUCCUGUUGCAACUUCAGCAAUAAAGCCAUAUAGCAGGUUUGUCAAUGUAGAAGGCAGUGGCAAGAAAGGUUGUGUGGUGUUAGAGAAUCCUUGUGGUGAUGGCAUCAUGUCUGCAAAGGCUUUCACAAGUGUUGUACAGAAGAUUUUGGGCUUGGACUCAAAACCUGCCAUCUUCACGGAUUUAGAGAAGAAGAAACCACUUCACCUUAAUGGAAGCAGCUUAGCCAAACUCAGUGGGUCUACUGUAUAUGUUUGAUAGUGAUAUUUGAAUUAACACAUUCAUAUUCUAAGGAAUAUGUUGCUCUGUAUGACAGUUGUAUUCUCUUCAUGGUAGAACUUUACUUUUAUACAAAGUAGAACUGUUUACUAAUGCAACAGCUUGUUUCAAAUAUAUAAAAACAGGAUUAUUGUGAUACUGAUAAAUUAUCUACUAGUUAGAUAAUCUCAUAAACUAAUGUAUUUGUACAUUUUAUUAAAUACACGAUAGUGAAAAAUUCUCACAUACAUGUAUUCUAAACACAAAUUUAAUUACUUCAUCCUGAACAUAAGUAAAUAUCUAAUUCUGUAUUCAGUUUCUUAUGCCCAAGAAAGUGAUGCAUUUGUAGUUAUCCCCUUAUGUUUGGGCCACUUCAUGUAGACUGCUGCAAUGCUAAAAGCAGUUAUCAAAUGUAAAUCAUGGUGGUUCUACUGUUUUAAACACAGCAUUAUUAUAUAAUUUGGUAAGAAGACACAAUUGGUAGAAAGAGCUUGGAAGACUAUUAUUGCACCCUAUUCUGAACCAUAUCACUUACAGUACCACUCCAUCCACACCUCCUGCUAAUCUAUUUUUCACCUGUAGUAUUUUCUGUCCUUUGUAUUGUAUUCUUCUUAUGACACAUAUUGUUUUUAACCUUCAGUAAAACUUACCUAAGUCUGACUAUAUAGGGAUUAAGCUAGUCUGACUUAGAGGUAAUAACCUCACCAAUUUGUCUCAAGACUUGCCUAAAGAAUGAAAUGUAUGUGGUACUAAGGCAGUGAGGGAAAUUUAUAUGCUAUAUUAAAAAAAUAUAUAAUAAUAACUGUUAAAAGAAAGAAUAACAACUGACCAAUUUCAGGGCACAUAUCUUUUCCCAUAUGAUUGCCAGAGCCUUGGUGGGUGGAGAAAGGUUCUGCACUAGCUAGUCUGACAUGCUUAAUAGUAAUGUAGAAAUAUGUACAGUUCUGUAUUACACCAAACUUCAUUUUGUUACAGGGUAAACUUAGUUACACUAAACUUAAAUUUAAUCUCUUAAAACUAUGUACUGUACAGUAGUCACUAUAAUCACUGCUGGAUGCCAUCACAUUAUUUGGCAGUUCAGGUGUCACAGAAAGAUCAGAGUUGGAGACUAGUGACUUGGUAGACCCUUUAGCACCAGAGGGCCCAGACUUGUCAAGUGGUUGUUGAGAGACUGGUGUUGCACCAUGCAGCUGGUUACAACUUGGCAUAUGCGCUGGCAACACAGACUGAGUCCGACUUCACGGUAAUCCCACUUGGAGAAGUCCGACUUAAGGGAGUUUAACUGUAUUAACACUUUGUUGUCAGUUUCAAUCAUCUGAAAAUGUCCUCUUUAUUUUCAGUCCCAAUCAUCUGAAAAUGUCCUCUUUGUUUUCUUUCUAUUUCACAGCAUUGUAGUAUUGUGUCAUCCUCAUCUGAUAUGCACAUGCUCUCCACAAUAAUCCCUUUCAUUGAUUUACUAAGCUCCCCAAAUUUAUGUUCUCUUCAUAUUUUCCUUUAUCCUACUCACAGAAAUUUACUUACAUUUGUAUGUAGGCACUUUCUUAUAACUGAAGUUCUCAUCCAUGUACUCUUUAUUUUUCGAACUUCAGUGUAGUUGAGGACUUACAUUCUUUUUCUAGAGUUUUUAAGAUUCUUAUAACUCACCUUCAACUUAAUAUACUCCACAGUAUUCUUCAAGUGAUUCCACAAUAUUGUAACUUCACCCUCCUCAUUUAUAUAAACAGUUCACUUUUAAUAUUAACGCUAUUCCUUCAGUUUACAGUGUUAGUUAUGUCUUAAAUUUCCUCCUUUAUGUUCUGUUUGUCUCUCAUUCUCUCUUAGGGGUUAAUGAAUUUCCUGUAGUUUCUUGUGAGUCUUCUUACACUGCUUGACCCAUUUAGUAGGAAUGGAUUACACCUUAUGUAAACAAAUAUUUUCAUUUACCUGUCUAACUGUCUACAAUCUUGAGAAACACUGUCAACCUAAAUAUUACAAAAAUAUGAUUAGAUGAAGA